AUGAAACUCUUCUUAAUUCUCCUGGGCCUUGGCGUAGCUGCUGGUGUUAAUUAUGACGGCCUACGAGUUACAUAUGGCCCGUUAAAAAAUAUUAAGGAAUUUUUCUUCAACAUCCCGCGUACGAUUGAGGAUGCAAUAGAUGAGGGUUGGUGCAAGACUGAGCGUCCUCCGGGGCCUCUGGAGCAGCUAGAAUUAUACUGUUCGCCGGGCUAUUAUGUCUGCUUGCUUUUUACUCCAUGUGGAAUGGCCGCUGGAUUGCAACUUGCUUUCCCCGCGGAAGAUCUGAUCACUGCAGUGAUCGACAAAAACAAGUGGUUUACGGAUUGGUACGUGCCAACUGGCGACGGCGAGCCGGCGAAGAAGUACUUGGCCCUUUCACAAUAUUGGGUUUCCGAAGAAUUCUUAGCAGCGGGUGGGCCUACAGUAGAGAAUGGUUCGACGCUACAAGAUGACGGCAUAUGGGUCUACAACCAUAGUGGAGAACUGAUGCUCAUUCCAAAGACAGAAGCGGAAAUUAACUGUACUACUAAAUUCACUAAGCAGAACUGCACGCCUAGAAUGGGCACUCACUAUCACUACAACAUGACACGGGAGAUGCUCUGCGAAAACCAAUUGCCAUGGUUCGCACUUACAAUACAGGGAGAACUAAUCGGUUCUGGUCUCCAGUUCUUCGGUGAUCUCACCAAAUCGCCGCCUUACAGGGAGUGGUUUGAAAAGUUUGGGGGCAGAAAUGUGGAGAGGGGGGCAGUUCCAUUCGGGCCGCCAUGUCUGUACGAUCUGGCUGAUGCGUAUCCCAUUUUCAGUCUUCACAUUUACUACAUCGACAACCCUGAUUCCAUAAAGUGCCGACGCGAGGAUUCCGCCGACCCGAGCACUACCGCAGAAUAUGGACACCAAUAAUUUUUUACUAAGCCAUAAUAUUUUAUCAGUUUUGUUAAA